UAUAGUUGCUUGCUUCUGGUCAGCACAUUCUGCGAUGCUCAAAUACCUUUCGUGGAGAAGCAACACACACGAAAACAGUAAUCAGAACCCCCAAUCCGAUCGAAAUUAAGCAAGGAAAAUGGAAGUGAAAGCUAGAGCUCCCGGGAAAAUCAUACUCUCUGGAGAACACGCCGUCGUCCAUGGAUCCGCGGCGGUUGCUGCCUCCAUUGAUCUAUACACCUAUGUUUCUCUUCGCUUUCCUUCUCAUUCAGAGAAUGAUGAUACACUAAAACUCCAGCUCAAGGAUUUGGCAUUAGAAUUUUCAUGGUCCAUUGAAAGGAUCAAAGGAGCAUUACCAGACUUGGGGAGUCCUUUUGCUUCAACACCCACCUCAUGCCCAACAGAAUUCCUGAAGUCUCUUGCUUUUCUAGUUGAAGAGCAAAAUAUUCCAGAGGCUAAAAUUGGACUAGCUUCUGGAGUGUCGGCUUUUCUCUGGCUAUACACCUCUAUUUUAGGGUUUAAACCUGCUAUAAUGGUUGUUACUUCUGAGCUUCCACUUGGUGCAGGCCUGGGUUCAUCUGCUUCUUUCUGUGUUGCAAUGUCAGCUGCUCUGCUUGCUUUGUCAGAUUCUGUGAGUUUGGACAUGGGCCAUCAAGGAUGGUUAAAAUUUGGUGAUACUGAACUUGAUUUAUUGAACAAAUGGGCUUUUGAAGGUGAAAAAAUAAUUCACGGAAAGCCAUCUGGCAUUGACAACACCGUCAGCACUUAUGGCAACAUGAUCAAGUUCAAGUCGGGUAGUUUGACACGUAUGAAGACUAUUAUGCCGCUCAAAAUGUUAAUUACCAACACAAAAGUCGGGAGGAAUACGAAGGCAUUAGUUGCUGGCGUUUCAGAGAGGACCUUACGGCAUCCUGAUGCUAUGCAUUUUGUGUUUAAUGCUGUUGACUCCAUUAGCAAUGAAUUGUCUAGUGUAAUUCAGUCACCUAUUUCUGAUGCCCUCUCUAUAACUGAGAAGGAAGAGAAGCUUGAAGAAUUAAUGGAAAUGAAUCAAGGUCUGCUCCAAUGUAUGGGGGUCAGUCAUGCUUCCAUAGAAACAGUUAUCCGGACAACACUGAAGUACAAGUUAGCUUCCAAGUUGACAGGAGCUGGAGGUGGAGGCUGCGUACUAACACUGUUGCCGACCUUGCUAUCAGGAGUAGUGCUCGAAAAAGUGACCACAGAGCUAGAGGCAUGUGGAUUCCAAUGUUUGACUGCAGCAAUUGGUGGCAUUGGUGUCGAGAUUUGCUUUGAUCAGUCAUCCUGAUUUUCCCAGAUGUGCAUUAGUUACAGUAAGAUCCGGUUCUUAUAAGGAUAACAUGAAAUUGUAUUGUUUAAUCUUAUAGUUUUUGAUGUUUUUCCUCUGUAUGUACAUUAGUUGGUGUACUUUUUCUUUUCCUUUUUCUGAAUCAAUGAGUUCGUUUCAAAUUUUCGAUUCCCAAAAUCAGGGCUAUCCAAAUUCGAUGAA